AUGAGAGGCUCUAUUCAGAACUAUCUUCUUCUCGGGCUAAGUACCUCAAGCUUAGCGCUUGCUGGGGUUGUGCAAAGAGAUGCUAUCAACUUCCGCGGGCCCCUGGAUGUGACUGCUGGGUCAUUGCAUAACAUUCAUGUGGAAUUCAGUGACGAAUUCGAAGGUCCCUUGCAGCUUGUUUACGGGGACUGCAGCACUCAACAUCCGACACAGGGACACCACGAAGUUGUCAAUGUCUUCAUCACACGCGAUGCCCAACCAAGUCGAUUUGUCUGGGUAACGCCUUCGGAUGCACCACACGAGCAUUGCCUUCAUGCAUUCUCCGGAAAAUCCUUGCUUGGUCGUUCUUCUCCCAUCACAGUGAAUUCACCAAUAAGAAAACGUGAAAGCAUCGCUGAUGUGGCCGAUAUGGAGGGUCCUUGGUUUGACGGUGUUGCAUAUAUGAAGUCAAAGAAGAAUAGCGAUGCCUUCAUCACCAAGGCGAAGAGCACAUCGGUUGCCAUUCUCGGUGGUGGUAUGUCUGGAUUAAUGACGAGUCAUCUCCUUGAAUCUGUUGGCAUACACGACUGGCACAUCUAUGAAUCAUCAGAGCGAGUCGGUGGACGAAUUCGCACCAAGUAUUUGAACAACACACGUCCAGAUCAAUAUCAAUACCAGGAGAUGGGUCCGAUGCGUUUCCCCGUUAGCAUCACCUACGCCGAUACAAACGAGACACUUGAAAUCCAAGAUCAUCGCAUGGUCUUCCAGCUCGCGGGUGUCCUCAACGAAAUGAAUGCCGGAAAUCCUGAGCUUCAAGUCAACUUCAUCCCAUGGAUUCAGAACGGGCCCAAUCUCCCAACAGACUCGGGAGGUAAUCGCCUGCCAGACGGUCUCAUUCCCACCGUCGCCGACAUGGCAGCAAACGCAUCGCUAGUCUACACGGCUCCCUCCUCCAAUGCGACAGCUGUGUCAGAUGCCGAAGCCGCUUACGACAGUUAUACCACACUUGAUGACCGUGCCACAAUCCGCAACAUUGCUACAAAUAUGUACAAGGCCCAUAAAAAGGCUGUUGAGGAUGGUAUGUUCCACUGGUCUGAAGCUGGGUAUCUCCGAUAUGCCCUGGGAUACAAUUCGAACAUCACGGAUUAUGUCGGCGGAACAACGGACUAUCCCAUUUGGGGCGACUUCUACGACGACGUCUACUUUGCCGCUACAAAGUGGCGCACUAUCGAUAAAGGACUCGAAUCGCUUCCUCGCGCUUUCUUCCCUCAUGUCGCGGAGAAGACGACCCUGAACCGUACCGUGGCAGGAUUACAGUACAACGAGAAAUCAGGUAAAAUUGCCGUGACGUGGCGCGAUGAUCCUCUUCAGAUGAAGCCAAAUGUCACCAGAGAAUACGAUUACGCAGUAGUCGCUGCCCCGUUCAGCAAAGUUAGACUAUGGGAGCUUCCACGUUAUUCAUCCCUACUCAGCCGAGCAAUCGCCUCCCUCAACUACGACCCAGCGUGCAAAAUGGCACUUCUGUACGAAACUCGGUUCUGGGAGCACUUGGAGGAGCCCAUUUUUGGUGGCUGUGGAUCUGUUGACGUUGCCGGCGUCGGGAACGUCUGCUAUCCUUCUUAUAAUAUGAACGGAACAGGGCCGGGUGUCAUUCUGGCAUCUUAUAUCUCUGGUACUGAGGCACGGUCUGCUGCUGCUCUCAGUGUUGAGGAGCAUGUUUCGCUCAUUCAGCGCACUAUGGUUGAGGUCCAUGGUGAGAUUGCGGCUGAGCAAUUCACCGGUAUCUAUGAUCGACAGUGUUGGGAGUUUGAUCAACAUCAAGCGGGUGCUUGGUGUGAUCCGUUGGUGGGUCAACAAGAGCUGUAUCUACCGGCAUACUACCAGACAGAGUUCAAGACCAUCUUCAUUGGUGAGCAUACUAGUUAUACGCAUGCUUGGAUUUUCUCGGCGUUGGACUCAGCCGUUCGUGGCACGACGCAGCUUUUGCUGGACCUUGGGCUGGUGGAUGAGGCUAAAACUGUGGUGGAUACUUGGAUGGGCCGUUGGAUUAAAUUAUAA